AUGGUUCUGGCAGAGGUUUCGCCGUCCGGGGACGGCGGGAUGGGUAUCGUCGAGCUCCUCAAGGCAAAGCGGGGCGGGAAGUCCCUACCAUGUGGAGACGAUCAGUUGGCUGUAGUCGCCGAGGCUAUGGUCGGGGACGGGACGAGCGCCGCGACGCUGCGGGAGAACAUCGGCGACGCGAGCAUGGUCGACGUCGUCUCGCCGUACUUUGCGACAGCCAUGGGCAGGGACACGCUGCCGCCCUUCCCGCAGGCCAUCCUCCGGGCGUGGUGGCUUGGGGCCGCUCAGACUGGAGGCGCCCUGCAGGUGGCCCGAUCGGCGAGCGCCCUGCCGGGGCGCGUCGCGUCGGCUCCAGCGGCAGAGGAGGAGUCCGCCCUGACCGAGGUGCAGGUCGCCGAGCUUGCCAAGCAGAAUCUCAGCUCGACAGGCGCGCUCGCACUUAGCGUCUCCCUCCUCACUGGGUACGUAGUCACAGCCAUGGACCUGGCAAGCGGGGACCGGCCUUCGAGGGCGCAGUCUUCGGCCGGAACCUGUGGACAGUCAAGCUACCGCGAGAGGGAUAUGCUGGCCGAGGCUUCACUCAUCCUCGAGUUUUCGUCGGGACUGGGCGAAUUCACGGAGGACAAGCAGUUCUUCGACUACAUCCAGCGGUAUUUCCGCAAACUGCCGCUCGACCGCAUCGUUCGCGACGACGUCUACCGCGAGCAUGAGAGGUCAGUCGAGUCGUUCGAGAAGGAGCUGGCCGAGCUCGCCAAGCGCGUGACCAAGGCGGAGGCGGCAUCGGCGGAGGCCCAGCGGACGGCCGAUGAGGCGAAGCGGUCGGGCAACGCUGGGGAGCCGAAGGUCAAGAAGGGCAACUGA